UUGAGACCUAAGCCUUUGUGGCACAAGAUCUGGACUUUUAGUCACAUUUAAGUUUUGUCUUCCUCCUUGCUUCCAGACUUCCACCUGCUGAUUCUCACCUCUUUCCAGUAGAUCAUUCAUCCAAAAAUGUUAUGCAAAGUGAAGAAGUUUACUUGCGUCAGAGCAAGUCACCAUGAGGAAACAUUCAGCUAAGCGGUGUUGCAGACAUCCAAAGUCCAAUCUUCAAGAAUAGAAACUGAAAUAAACAUGAGACUAAUAAAAGGAGAUCCAUCGCCCAAGAGGCUAUAGACAGAUACAGAAAUAUCAAUGGCGGCUGUUAUCGGUAGAGGUGGAAGAUGCAGCCUGAUGACUUCAAAUCAAACUAUUUGCCUUCCCAGCACCCAAAGGUGGUAUGCCUGUUAUAUGCGAUCAAGUGGCGCAGAGGUACCAUCUGGAGGGGUUGGUGCACAAACAAUUCUACCCAACAUGCUGAAGUCAACUUCUUGGAAAAUUGCUUCAAGCCCUUGUCAUCAGUUUCUUGCUCUAUCACCUGGGUCUUAUCUACUACCCCCUGUGGGAAAUGCUCCAAAAGAAUUCUGGAGUUCCUGAGGAUACACCCCAAUGUAACCCUGGAAAUAUUCGCAGCCAAGAUUUUCAAACACCUGGAUAUUCGUAACCGGCAAGGUCUCAGGAACCUGAUGAUGAAAGGAGUCAUCAUACGUAUUAUGCGUCCUGCAGAUUACAGUUACAGUUGGAAAAAAUUCGUUGCAUACCAACAUGGAGAAGAAGAUUAUUGCCCCUGGAGUUUCAGUCUGUACAUCCUUCUGAACUGCAUAGAGCUCGAGCGUAUUAUUUUGGGGCUUCCUCCACUGUCAAACUUUGAAUACUAACACCAGCAGCAUGCUUACAAGUUCACUUUGUGCACGACAGCAUUACCUACAAGACUGGAAAAGCCGAUUCUUGGCAGUCUUUCUUACUACAGCUUUGAACGAUGUUUCAUACUUUCACUACAAAAGGCCCUUACACCCAGAAGGCUGGGCAUUGCCAAAUAUUGGACACAGCAGAAGGAACAUUUCCUGUGGACAAGAAAUCAUUGGGAAGUUCAGAUGACGCGGCCAGGCAACAAGGUUACAGUAUUCUGCAUCUUUAGAAGGCUUCCUGAGAGUCCAAUGUGGAUGGGAAUCAUACCCCAGGAUGAAGCUUUCAGGUCUGCUGGUUCUGUAUUCAGAUUCUAUGAAUACCCUCUUGAGAGGCCAGCAAGCAAUAGUUUUUCUUGUUCAUUUGUUCCAUAGAUUUAAUCAGAGCAGAGCAUUGUUUUUGAAAAUUUCUUAUGAAGGUCACUUUCAUAACCGUGUGUAAGUUCCAGAAAAUACUUCAUGAUAUAACAUUACUAUUUUUGUUAUAUUA